AAUCAAUUACCACGAAAAGGUAAGAUGGCGGCCGACAUGGUCCCCGAGAACAAAGUAUAUUUUUCAAUGGAAAUUGACAUAUUCAUAGACAGAAGAUAGAUGAGUCUAUUGUUUCAGCGAGGGUAGUAAAUUCAGGUUGUACCUACAAUAUAAAGUACAAAGAUGGAUGAGGUACCAGAAGAGUUUGGUGUGCGUCAGUGGUCCCCCUCUAUGGUGGGUACCAUGUCUGUCUUAGACCGAGGUGAUGCCCCAGCACAGCUGGUGAUUGAAAGGAAUCUGAAAGCUCAAGCUCAGCGUCAGGCUGACCAAACAAAAGAGGAACUAGAUCGCAUCACAUCUCGUGUUAACAAGACUGUUGCUGCCUUUGAACUCAAUGAAGAGAUGAUGGAUGAAAACAAAGCUGCUUACUUUGUUCCUGAUUUAUUGGAGCUUGAGAAGAUCAUUAGUGACACCAUUCAAAAGAGAAGAUAUCAGCAGCAGGUCAUGAUCUUUGUGGUUGGAUUUGAAGAAGUCACUGACCAGAGACUUAAGUUAUUGAAUCAGAUCAAUGAUUUCUUUGGAACAUACAUCAAUAGUGUGGAUGAGGAGGAAUUCAAACCCAAGAAACCUGAAGUUGACCUGGAAGAGGUAUCCGUUGCUGUGAAGGAUGCUUUAGAUACAGCGUCUAGUGCCACACAGAAACUAUCUGACAUCAAUACAGAAAUCCUAUCAUAUGUGGAGAAAAUGACUGGAGGCAAGGCUGCAUCAAAGAGUAAAAAGAAGCUUGAAAAGGCUCUACAACAAGCCAAAGAUGAUAUCAUGAGUUUAACUGACAAAUUACAGGGGGCUCAAGCAGACAUUGAAGACAAAGAAGAUCAGAUGACAAGACUUUAUAAACAGAUUGAUUUGAAGAGCAUGGAAGUCAUGAAAUACAAGAAUGCAGCUGAACAAGCAAAGAAAAAACUUGACCAAAUCAGCGAACUGCAGUUGGAGAUUUCUGAGCGGGAUGAGGAAAUUGAGAGGUUAAACAAGGCCCUAGAUGACAGUCAGCUGAGUUUAAAACAGCUGGAGAACUCAAAAGAGAACAGCUUUGCCAGACUCAAAGCAGCAAAUGAUGAAGGAGAGAAUAAAAAUCAAACUAUUGAGAAAUUACAAAGGAAGAUUCAAGCUUUAAAUGUUCAACUUGGAGACUCAUGGAAUGAUUCCCAGAAGCAAUUUGAAAGUACCCUGCAGCAAGUGAAUGAAGAGCACAGACAAGAACUAGAGAGCAUAAGAGAAACUCUCCAGGCAAGGAUAGAUGAAUUAGAGGAAGAGGCAUUAAAUCAACCAAAGGGCUGGGCAUCGGACUCAGAAGACGAAAGGGACCUUACUAAAAGUUUGAGCAGAACCUCUGGGUAUUUAGACCACGGUCCUGAGUUUGAGAUGACGGAGGUGGCGAGUAAUGUCACCUCUCUGUCCCAGCCCAGAGAACCGGGCUGGGAUCUAGAUACACUUGGGGAUGAUAGAGAAAUCAAGAGUGGCCUUUCAAGUAGACAACCUUCAUCUAUAAGAAAACAGGAACUACAAAGCAGACAGUCAACAGAUGCAGCCAUUAAACCAACACCACCUGGAACACCCAAAAACUUAGAUCCCCCAAAGCCAAAGAACAUAAAUAAAGUGAUAGAAGAUGACAGCUCUCGUAACAAGACUGGCACUCCUAAGAAAGCAAUGAGGACCAAGUCCAACUUAGAACCGGUCCAUGAGGUACCGUUUGAGGAGAAAAUUCCCCUGGAAGAAGAGGAGCGAUGGAGUAAAGUUCCCCAGGAGCAGCUUCCAUCAGCUUUCAAGCAAUAUCGGAAAGAAGCCCUAUUCAUAGUCCAAGGCCUUCAGGAAAAGAUCAAAACCAACCAAGAAGACAACCACAAGAAAAUCAAACAACUCCGUAAUCACAUCCAAGUCAAGGAAGAGAAAUGGGACAAGGAGCGAAACACCCUCGUUCACCAAGUAGAUGCAGCACGGGAAGCAGAGAGGGAGGCUGAGAAGGAAGCAGAUAGUGCAGUUGCCCAGCUAGAAAGCUUUGUUAAAGAACAUGAAGAAACCACCAAGAAUGCCAUCAAACAGGAGCAGAAAGCCCUAAAGACUCUCACACCUGAACAGAGAGCUAAGUACCUUGGUGAAUUCAACCCGAUGGAAAUGGUAAAACCCAUCAAGGAAGAGAAGAACCCAGAACACAUGGAGCUGUUCAUGAAGCUCCAAUCCACCGGCCGAUUGAGAAAGAUGCCCACCAUUUUGCAGGAGGAGCUGGCGGCUGCCACCGAAGGCAAUCACAAACUCCAACAAGCACUUCUCAAGGUUACCUCUGAAGUUGCCGAUGAUGUAGGGGUGGGUGGUGGUAUCUUGGAGUCAGCAGGUUCCGCGGGGAGAAUAGAUGAUGGAGAGGGAAAUGUUCCUAGUAUUCCACCACUUCCUCUGGAUGAUUUCCUAAUGGUUGAACCAUCCAUAGAAAGCGGUAUCUCAGUGAAGAAGCCAGUAUCUCGAGCAACUCAGAAAACUCCACAGCGAAAGUUACCCCCAAAGCAUGCUAAGAAACCAAACAGCCAGCGACAACAGGCUGGUACUCGACCAAAACCCAAGGAAGAGUCUGAAAUUAAACACCCAGUAUCGCCAACUGAAAAUAUAGCCAUGGAUAAUAACAAUGAAGAUGAGGUUAUGGAAGAGCUUGAUUUUGAGGAUGAUGAUGAAUACGAUGAAGAUAACAUGGAUGGUAUCCAACUGGCCAAUCAUUUUGAAAAGCUCUUGGCCAGUGGCUUGGAUGGGGAGGAUGAGUUAGACCGCCCUCUAUCUGCAAGCAGUCACCACAGCCAGCAAUCUCUUUAUGAGAAGUUCCGUGCCCAGCUUGAGCAACGUAAACAGGAGAUAGUGGAACGAAGGUCACGGGCCACGUCCAUGCAUGGCUCACUGCUCAGCGCUAAAAGUGGCAGCUAUCGGGAUCAAGCCCCCAGUAGGGACUCAUCGGCUGUGUUGACACCCCAAGGGGAUAUACAGUUCCCUGAUGAAGAGUACGAAGACCCAGGUGAGGUUCUAAAAUCUUCAGCUGAGAGCUCCACCCGUCCCCACCCUCAGCGUGAGCAGCAGAGUGCUGCUAUAAGCCAUCAGGACCAGAUGAGCCAAGCAAGGUUGAGUACAGCAGGGUAUCAGGGGCGUGUCAGCUCACACCUCGUCAGCAGGGCGCCCUCUGUGUCGGAAAGUGGUGUCUCCAUGUUGGAGACGGAUGAAGAAGGGGGUUACUCUGCGGACGAAGAAGAAGCAGUGGCUGAAGCAUUGCCUAGAUUCAUAGCGACGGCCACAAGCGCCAAGCUCUUUGAUGUUGAUAAGCUGGAUAUGGCUACCUCUCCCGUUGCAUAUUCAACAGUCAGCAAAUCUUCAAGGCAAUCCAUAGAGUCAAUAGCUGAUCAUCCAGUUGUACAGGAUUACCUGAAAACAUAUCAACAUAUCACAGACUUCAAGGAAAACGUCAUGAAACUUGUCUAUGACAAAGAAUUUGGAGCUGCAUUAGAACAGUUAGCUGAAAUCAAGACACUGCAGUUUGACCGGGAUAGCAAUGUUCAAAGUCAAGUCUCACACAUGACAUAUAAUGUAGAAACUUUUCUCAAAGAGAUCAUCUCUGUCUUUGGAACAGUCAUGACAACACCUGAACCAGAAGCGGCAAUAUCAUCCUUAAUGGUAUCUAGAGCAGAUACUGGCAAGUCAAGAAUGGGAGGUCUAGGGUUCCAACUGCAGUCAGCAGCUGAAGCUAUACAAGAAGGUGUCCAGGAAGGUCUGGAGAGGGAAAUGACUGAUAUGACCUUUCAAUCCAGUGAGAGAAUCAAAGAGAUUCAGGAAAAUUAUGAUAGACUGAAACAAGAGGCAAGUAAACAGCAGAUGGACUAUGAAGACAAACUCAAUAAUAACACUGUGAUGAUGAUGGAGAUGCAGAACACUAUACAGGAUCUACAGCAGGAACUUCAAGCUUUAGGAGGAAGCAAAGCGAUGUCCUCACCAUCCAGGGUCUCCACAGCAACGGCUAACAGAGAUCUCCAGGUGGAGCCUACUAUUAUAUUCUCCAGGUCAGAUUCGGAGAGGAAUCAAAGAGCCCUCAAGAGGGGGAUCAGUGCACAAAAGGUGUCAGCAGAGCAGUAUAAUGAAGCAGUAAGAGCAAUGGAACAGUACACCGUUCUGCCUGCAAAGAGGCUUGUUCAUAUUGUUCGGAAAUACUCACAUCAUACAGAGAUGAAAAAAAUUGAAGAUGAUGUAAGACGUAGCAACUCAAUAGAUCAAGAAGUGUACACACUCUUAGAGAGGAUGGAAACGCUCCAAAGCAAGAGAGCACAGAGAUGGGGUGAAGAGAUGGAUAAUUUGACAGCAGAAAGAAAUCGUUUGGCUCAUCUUCUCAUGGACACUUUAACUCAUCUAGAACAAGAGUCUGGUAUCUUCAUGAUCAAACCUAUACUAUCAUGGAAGGGAAGAGGAUUCCAGCCCCAUUAUCAAAGCAAACUGUCCAGCUAUCAACCACCCAAGCGUUUAUUAAGACCCAUAACACCAGAGGAAAGGAAAGGCACCCCAUUUACAGUUGUUCCUGCUCCUACCCCUGCCAACCAAGGAACCAAGGCAGGCUACAGACCAGGCACAAGAACUUCAUCUGGUACCCCAGGAGGAGGCGAUGCUCAUCGUCUAUACACCUCGGGCCAUAUUCCAAAUGGAGGGGCAUCCCUUAAGGGGUCUGCUGUACAGAUGGUAGGGGAGGUUCCCCAACCCAUGUGGUCUAUGAACACUUCAAUACCUACCCAAGGAGGAGAAGGGACAGGAACUGUAGGGGGAGGACUGACAGGGAGGUUAAACUUCAUGACCACACCCCGUCUCCUUGAGCUUGACGUGAACAGACUCCUGAUUGGUCAAAACACUGUCUCAGCUGCAACCAAAGCUCUGCUAAGCAAUGAUCGUCUGGUGAAUGCAGCCAAUAGCAGUGUUAGAUCAUAUGUGACAAUAGCAAGGCCGUCUACACAUCCUCCUGUGCCGAAUCUUCGACCAUCAAGGCCCAACUCCUCAAGUGAAGCAGAAAAGGGCCAGACCACACCCAGAUCACCACCACCUCAGACAUCAUCUAGUGCAGGUCCUCAUGGAAGGUCAAGAAGUGAGGGCGCUCUUCAAAUGAGUCAGCCCCUCCCACCCAUCAAAGUCCCAUCUAAUAAUAAUGAGGAAGAUGAUAACAGGACUGGCAAAGACACUGGUGAAUCUAAUUCCCAGUCAAGACUCCAUCCAUCUCCACCUCAUACACCACCUGGCUCUUCACUCAGACACUCUCCUGCCAUCAUUGAUGAUGACGAUGAUCCACGCCAAUCCCAGAAUGCAUCUCCCGGUCACAUAACCAAGGUUUCAAUGCGAUCAGCAUCCAGGUCAUCAGAACACAACCUCAAAAUGUGAUUUAACUUCACUAUGAUGUCAUCAGGCAAUUCCAAAGUGUAAUGUUUCCUCUUUGUGAUGGCGUUAAGUAGUACUCUGCAAUGUGUUGUUGCUGAUAUAAGAGAUCCUCUAAUCUCUGGGUCAUAACUGCAAGGUCUUCAAUGCAAGCAGGUCAUCAGAAAAUUGCAUGUACCUCAAUAUUAGGAUGUUUCCCCAUGAUGAUGUCAACAAGAAAAACAAUACCAGACUGAAACCUCAAGUGUAGAAUGCAAUUUCCGUGAAUUCCAGAGGGCAUCUUCCAGUUACCUAUUUACCAAGGUUUCAGUGCAAUUAUCAUCUGUGUCAGGAAGCAUUUCAUAUGAACUAUGCUUCUCAGCCAAUCAAAUUCAAAGUUAUCAGAUAUGACAACUUGUUGCUGGAUAGAAAAUGUUCAUGAAAUGCUCCUUGGUAAGAGCCUCAAAGUGUGUUAUGCCUUCAUGAUGAUAUCAUCAAGGAGAAUAGUCCCAGGUUUAUCAUUGAGGCGAUGGACAUUUUUUUAAUCAGUCAAUCUGGUGUGCUUAGAGAAUGGGAGAAUAGGCUUGAUUGUCUAUUUUAGGCAAAAUAUUCAAUUUCUAUGCAUACUGAUCAAACCAACUGAAGGUUAAUCCAAACAAUCUGAAUUUUCCAGAGGUUUUAAAGUGCAUUCAAAAGAUUUAUUUAUUAUUUAUUUGGUUGAAAUACCUUAUCAUGUUAUCCUUUAUGGAGAAGCAUUCAUGAAAUUACAGAACAACAGAAGGACAUAAAGUUUAAGAAAUAAGAUCAAAAGUUUUCAGUGUUCAAAAUUGUAUAAAUACAAUAAAUAAAUAAAUACAAAUUGUCUCAAUUUUUAUUGUAUGAAAACAUACUAGCCUUGUAUUGAAAAAGUACAACAACCUUUGUACUUUAAAAGGAAGCAAUGUAUGGGCUAGCUUGCCUUAUGAAACAUUCAGUUGUUGAUAGAUAUUGAUUGAUAUCCACUGAUAUAGCAAUGGAUCAAACAAGGGAAACUAGAGUACAGUUAUUUGACUCUUCCUAGAACCUAGAAAUUAUUAACUUGAUAAAGGAUUCCUUGUGUCUAACGAUCGUGUUGAUAUUUAGGAUAUAUCAUGGAGUCAAAAAGAAAAAAAAACUUCACACCUCAAAAAAUCCCAAAUUUAAGGGGGUGUCAUGGACACAUAUUCUUUAUAUAUUGUCUGAAAGAGUAUCUUCUUCCAAAUGAUUGGAUACCAUAUUUAUGUGGUAUGUGUGAAGACUUGGAUAUUCAGAUGGUAUUUUUACUGUGAUGUAAAGUUUAAUGCACACUAAAGUAAGGCUAGCUGCAAUGAAUGAUUCCAGAUGCCAGUGAUGUCAUAAUCGUACUGAGUUAGUUAACAUAUUUGCGAUUUCCUUUUCAUUGAAAUUAACUUGAGAAUUGAUACUAAAAUGAGUUUAUUAUUUAUAUUUAGCAAGUUUGAUUCAGUGGGAGAGGUUAAAUAGUGAUCAAUUCAUAUUAUCAAUGUGUAUUUAACUGUUUAAAAAUGAAUUCUCUCAUUUCAAUACACAGAACCACACUUAUCAGUUACAUGUGCAAUUACAUGUAAUUCUCAGAAGUCAAUGAAAAUGUUAAGCUAAUCCACUUAUGACAGUUUUAUUUACUGCAAUUGUUAUUCUACCUUCAUCAUGUUCCGAUAGAUCUAGUAAAAUAAAGUACAUGUACAGUAUACUGUAUAUUGUUCAAAGAUUGUGUAUUUAUUUUAUGUGAACCAUUGUGUCUUUCAUAACAGAAUACUAGUACAAUGUAUGUAUGCAAAAUGUAUUAAAAAAGUUUGCCAUGUUAUGAUUCCAUCCAAAUUUAUAUCUCAAAACAUCUUGCAUACCAUAUGCAUUUUCAUGUAAAUAUGUUGAUGAUUAUUUUUAUAUAUAAAGAUUGUAAAUAUGUAUAAAUGGAUAAUAUUUUAUAGAUGUCUAAAAACUUCUUUAUGCAUUGAUUAUGCCUUAGAUGUUCAAAAAGAUUCCUCUAAGCUGAUGUGAUUAUGCCAUCAGUGGUAAAUUUUAUUAAGACCUUGAUCUUACCUGGAUGUUGAGAAUUGUUAUUUUGAUAAUUUCCAUUGAUUAUAAAGUUAUAAUUAAUGGUUAGUUACAGGAGUCAUGGGCCCUGAGUCAUAAAGUCACAAUAGUGUUCACUGCCGUAUAAUGUUAAGUUCCAUGGAAUCCUUGAUCUUCAAUAUUCAAGGAAUGAUGCAAUGAUGGGUAUCUGUCGUUUAACCCAUAUGAAACAUGUUGGUUACGUAUCCCAUAGACUGCAGCCUGCGUAUAAGUGGCCUCACUGUGAAAUGUGUUAUUAUUGGGAUAUUAUGCAACAGUACAUGGUAAUUUGUUUUUCUUAAAGCUCAUUCACAUUUCAAUUAUUCUUGUGUAUUGACAUAUGCAUUGAAGUUCAAUAUUUAUGCAGUUCAUGUUUUUUGUCGAAAUCAUGAAAGAUUUAUUGUGAUAAUGUGAACAAUAAUUUGUGAUCAAUGUAUGAUAUAUAAAAGUAUUAUUUCAAA